AGCACUGUAAGCACAGCAAAUACAUCAUGUGAGAGCAGCUUGAACUUGCAUUUUAUUUGCAUCUAAAAUAUGGGUCCUUGUAAUGUAAAUUUCUUCUGUAACACAAAGGAGGAGUCUGAGAAUCUUAAAGAACUGUCAGAAUAUACAUAAUAUAAAACAGAUCUCUACUGGGUUCCACUGAGGAGAGACUGAGAAAAUGGCGAUGUUGAAUUUUUUGGCUGUUCUCUCUGCUGUUCUGAUGUACGGCUGCACUCAGAGUGUUAACAAUCCGGUCGACUGUUCAGACCUUUAUAUAUCAGGACAAACAGUCAGUGGGAUUUACUCCAUCUAUCUAACAGGUGGCGUUCCUGUCAAGGUUUACUGUGAGAUGAUCUCAGGUGGGAAUAAUGAAGACAAUGGAGAAUGGACGGUGAUUCAGAGGAGAAUGGACGGCAGUGUGAAUUUCUAUCGGCCAUGGGAUCAGUACAAGACAGGAUUUGGAAAUGUGGAAAGUGAAUAUUGGCUGGGGCUGGAGAACAUGUACCAGCUGACACAUAACAGGAACUACAUGCUGAGAGUGGAUCUGGAGGACUUUGAUGGAAAUAAAGUUUUCGCUAUUUACUCCUCUUUCUCUGUGGGUCCUGAAGCUGCUGGGUAUAAUCUACAAGUUUCAGGCUUCAAUAAUGGAGGAGCAGGUGACUCUUUAUCCUUCCAUGAUGGAUUAAAGUUCUCCACCUUUGACAAAGACCAAGAUGUCAAUGUAAAAAACUGUGCCAAAAGUUAUCUUGGGGGAUUUUGGUACUCAUCCUGUCACAAAGCAAACCCCAAUGGAGUGUAUUUAUGGGGUGAAGAUCCCACCCAUUAUGCCAUUGGAAACGUUUGGUACACCUGGAAGGAUUAUGCAGUCAGUAUGAAAUCCAUCAACAUGAAGAUCAAACGUGUGUCUGAGAAAUAA